AGGUUCAUGCUUCCAGCAUUGCUUAUUCACUACUAUUUUGGAUCACAUUGUACUAAGUGGAUGCUAUGUGAUUGGGAAAUGAAAUUCUGCUUUAAACUUUACACAUUCUCUUAUUAAUAUGCCCACCUGCCACUGCUAGCUGAGGAUACCUAUGCUUUACAUUGUGGAUUCAUUCUGCACAACUGACUUCAAUGGAUUUGUGGUUGUGUUUGGACUUAUGACUUCUAUACAGCUUUUCCAUGUGGAUGCAGUGACAGCAUACCAUACAAAACCUGCAGGACUGAAACUCUAUCAGCAAAGGAGAUAAUAAAAAAAAAUACUCACUAACUUUUAUUAACUCCCUGAUUUUGUUAUAUAGAAGAUGGACUGUGACAGGCGUGUGUGAUAAUAUUGGCAUCAUACAGGAAAAAAAAUGAAGACAUUAACCAGAAUGUUUAGCCGGAUACAUUUAUGGUUAUUACCAGUAAUUAUUAUAACGUUAAGCUUUCCGCAAAGUGUCUUAUCCUGUCCUCACCCAUGUGCCUGUUAUGUCAACACUGAAGUUCAUUGCACUUUUCGAUCACUAGCAACAGUACCAACAAGGAUACCAAAACACGUGGAAAGAAUUAAUUUGGGCUUUAACAGCAUUCAAUCCAUACCUGAAAAUUCAUUUGUUGGACUUUCAAAACUGGAGAUGCUUUUGAUUCAUAGCAAUGAUGUGCAAAACAUUCCCAAUGGUGCUUUUAGAGACCUGAAUUCUCUACAGGUUUUCAAAAUGAGCUACAACAAGCUGAAGGUGAUUACCAGCCAUACAUUUCAUGGACUUUCUAGCCUAACAAGAUUACACAUUGACCAUAAUAAAGUCGACUCCAUCCAUCCUAAUGCAUUCAAUGGUUUAACGGCAUUAAGACUACUUCAUUUAGAAGGAAACUUACUUCACCAGCUUCAUCCCAACACGUUCUGCACUUUCAGUUUUCUGGACUACUUCCGACAAUCAACAUUAAAACAUCUUUAUUUAUCAGAUAAUGUGCUACAAACACUUCCAGCUAGUAUGAUUCAAACAAUGCCACUGCUGGAGAAUCUGUACCUCCAUGGGAACCCCUGGGCCUGUGACUGCCAGUUAAAAUGGUUACUUGAAUGGGAUGAACAAUCAAACGGUGUUUUAAAAUGUAAGAAGGAUAAAGCAUAUGAAAACGGACAGCUGUGCCCAAUGUGUUCUACUCCAAGACAUCUCCAAAAUCAAGAAAUUCAGGGUUUGAAGGAUAUGUCCUGUUCGCGUCCUUUUAUCUCCUCCCCAUUCAGGAUAAACAGUAGUGACACCUCCCCUGAAGAUGAUGAUACUGAUCUGCCAUCAUUAGAGCUAAAUAAGGGUUUUAUUGGACAUAUCGUUUUAAAUAUGACGGAUGAACAUGGGAAUACAGUCAACUUGGAAUGUCAAAUGAAAGAAACAGAAGACUUCAGCAAAAUACAAUGGAACCAACUUCAUCCAGAAGAGAUUGACAUCAAUGCAACCUUUGCAGUGGAUUUUGAAUGCCCCAUGACUCGGGAAAACUAUGAAAAAUUAUGGAAACUAAUAGCUUAUUAUAGUGAAGUUCCUGUUAAGAUGGAAAGGGAGUUGUUGUUUACGGAUAGCUCCAAAGUGACUUAUAGAUAUAAACAAAAUUUAGAUCAUGAUUCGUAUUAUUAUACAGGAGUAAAGGCUGUUAUUUCUGCUGAGCCAGAGUGGGUGAUGCAGUCUGUUGUCAAACUUCAGCUGAAUAGAAAAUUGAGCACCUCCAAGAAAGUUACUCUUUCUUUUUCUACACAACUUUCACAAUCACUUCACACAAAAGAUAUUCAAUAUCCAAAAACCAGUUGGGUUAUGAUAAACAGGAAUGAUCGGACCAAAACGUCUUACAGUGUUAUCAAAGGACAAGUUUGCCAGUUAAACUGCAAUGUAAAGUCUUCAGAAACCCCUACUUUUGAAUGGACUCUACCAGAUGGGACAACAGUAAAAGCUCCACAUAAUGACCCUAAUAGUAAAUAUUCAAUAGCAACUGGUGGCCAGUUGGUAAUCAAAUCAGCAGAUUUUUCUGAUUCUGGCAUGUACCAUUGUAUUGCCCGGGUAAAACAUGAGGUAGUCACCUUACCUAUCAGAGUGGUUGUGCAGCCACCAUCAAAUGAGAUCUCUGAGAGCAAUGUCAAGGUAGUCACCAAAACCAUUGGUGAACCUAUAACUUUAACUUGCAAUGCACUCGCCAAUCCAGAUGCCGAUGUUAACUGGAUUUUACCAAGCAAUAAUAUUAUUAAUUCAGGGACAAAUAAAACUGAUGCAUAUUUUUUAAAUAAUGGUUCCUUAUUCAUUUCAAAUACAAAGCUUACUGAUAGCGGUCUUUAUAGAUGUAUUGCUAUAAAUCAAUAUGGAGAAGACCAUUACAGUGUGCAAGUAGCAAUACUGAAAAAGCUCUCUAAACAACAGAAUAAGGUGACAAUAAUUAAAAAACGGCCUAUUGUAAAAGUAUCAACAAAAGCAAAGUAUGAUCUUAUAGAUGAUGAUAGGGGUUCAGGAGAGAGAGAUGUUGAAGAGGAGAAAGAUAAGUAUUACAAUGUACAGGACAAGGUUAAAUAUGGCAAAGAUAAAAGUUCUUCUGUAGGAAGAGGCCAAGGCAAAAACAACAGAAAAGACCGUAAAAAAAUUAAUACAUGGAAGAAUACAGAAAAAGUUAAAGAGAGUAAUGUGGCAGAAGGGAGAAGGAAGUUUGAAUCUAGGAAAAGAUUAAUUGGAGGCAAUAAGCAAAUUGAUCCUAAGCAAUGGGCCAACAUUUUAGCCAAAGUAAGAGGGAGAAAUGUUCUAAAAACUACAGAAUUCCCUCUUCUGACCACCCCGAGAGCAACUACUGCACCAGCAGUCACUCACGACCUCACACCUCCGUCUUCUCUUUCUAAGCCAUCAUCCAUUACAGAACCAGAAAUUGUUGAAGAAGCAUCAGCUGAUGAAGAUGAAUUAUUAUAUAUAACAUCUUCACCAAAAGUAACCAUAAGGCAAUAUGAUGAUUUGACAACAUCGCCAGCUGAUAUAACUACAGUAGGGACUACAGAAGAGUCAGAUGACUAUAAUGAAAUUUCCUUUGAAACAGAGAUUGAAAAGACUUUGACAACAGAACCACCUGAUACAGUGACUACACUUGCUACAUCAAGUGUUGAUAUCACAACACUUGAAAACACUGAUAUUGAGGACUCCAUCUAUUCAACAGGUGAGGAGGACUUAAGACCUUUCACAGAAGAAGAAGAAGAAGAUGCAAACAUACAGUUAUAUGAUACAGAUGACCUAGCUGGAACUGUCAGCACUGAACAAGAAAGCCUUAUAGAUGAUUUUUCUACCAUGGGAACUGAUACCUUUACUACAGAGCAAAAUAUCCAAAUUCAUGAUAGGGAAAAUCACUUCAUUGACAUUACAACACCUUCCUAUGAUAUGACAGAAUUUAGCACAUUUGUUAAGUCCAAAGUGAUACAAUCUACACCCUUUGCCCUUGAUGAACUAGUAACUACAGAAAAUGAGAUUUCAUUUACAACCACACCUAACCUUUCAGGAGAAAUAUCUAAAAAUGAUCACAUAAACUUUUGGGAUGUGGAUAAUGAUAUCUCCUCUCCAUCUCCAACCAGAACUAGUAUUCCAGAGAACGAACAAAUUGUUUCUAAAGCCAUAGACAGUUUAAUACCUAAGUCUAGUGUUUCUUUUUCUACACAAUCACCUGCAACCACCAGCAAAAAUGAUUUGGUGCCUAUAUCAUCUGCUCCAGUCACUGAAUUCUUCAGAGAGGAUUCUAUUGCGCCAACUGAAAACAUUGUGGAUACAUACAAUUCACAUGAAUCACAAACAUUUUCUUUGGAAACAGGGCAACAAUUAGUGACCACCACCCUUAGUCCCCAUACUCUGAUUAUUUCUAGUGACAGAAAAGAAGUGGUAACAUUUGCUGUUCCAGAAACAACAACCAUCAGAACAACACCUGUACAAAGGCAAAUAGCCACCACAACCUCACAGCCCAUAACACAUGGUAACGUCCAGUAUCCUCGAAGAAGAAACCAAGGAAGACGAAAAUUCAGACCAAAUCGUUUUAGACAGAAUCAGAUUGUCCCUACAGUUCCUUCUUAUAGAGAUGUAAAUAUUAUCACUCAAAAACCUUUUGUGAUAGAAUCUGAAGACAAGUCCACUAACAUAGUCAGUUACCCUCUUGAUAACAGCAUUUAUCAGCCUGUUGAAAUAACACAGCCAGCAAUUAAAUUAGCAACACCUAGUCCUGCAGUGCCCAAAAUUUCAGAAAAGAGUGUAUUAGUACACAUUCCAUUUACUACUCCUGCGGCUGAAACACAAACAUCCAACAUUUUUGAAUUGCCAAUUGUUGCACCUGUUACAACAGCUCAAACAGAACAGAAAUCUGAUGGCAUACAUAGCACAAAACAUGCAGAGGAUUAUGUAACAAGAUCAAAUCAAUAUAUAUUAACAAAUAAAGCUGAACAGCCUUUUUCUCAUAGUACCACUCCAAGGUAUUUCAUUACGCAUUCACCUCUAUCAAGGCCUGAAACAGAUUUAGAUACUUCUAAAGAUGCAGAUGAAGAAGUUUAUAUAACUGUAGAUCAACCAGUCAUAACAGAGCCGUCACCAGUACUUGUAGAAGAACCACCAUCUGCGACUACUGAAGCUGCUCCCAUUGAAAACGUUCUGAAAGAUUUAAAUAAUAGACAAAACAUGGUUCCUGAAAGGGCCAUAACAUUGCCAGUACAAGUUACACAGAAAACUGACCACUUCAUAAAAUAUUUUAACAAAGCACAAAAUGUACCUAAGCAGCUUCCAACCACAACAACAGUACAAACUAUACAAAAAAUGACAACCACUGUUAAUAGGGAAGAAAAGGAUCACACAACAGUGCAUAUACACUCAGGAAACAAGGAAAGUCCUAGAAGACCAGUUCAUCAGGCUACAACACCUAGUCUUGGAAAAUAUGCCACUGUAUUUCCGGUAACAAAAAAAGUUUUUGUUCCCACUACACAUUAUCACUUAAGCUCGUCAAGUAUGCCAUUUGUGCCUACUCAACCUCCAGUUCCCAAGAGAACCACUGAUCAGGAAGAUGUAAAUGAACUAGACCCAUAUCCUUCUAUCAAAAACAAAAUAUUUGUUCAGCCAAAGCAGGAAAACGUUAAAGAUGUCUAUACCACAAGAUCAAAUAACAGCCUUCUUUAUAACACCAAAUAUUACCAUAAACCCAGAGUAGUGAAUAACAAUCAUCAUGCAGUAGUUCCACCCUAUUACAAUCCUUCAAGAGCUACUAUAAGACCACCUUUAAUUGGAACCCAGGGACCUCUUCGCUACUUUAUUACUAAUCAGCCCAUUUCAGUAACAAAUAAACCAGAAAUAACAGCUUACACGGCUCAAGAAAGAAAAACGUAUACACCAUAUAUAUCAACAACCCCACCAACUACAACAACCACAACAGUAAUUCCAUUAUUCAGGCCAAGGCCAGCAACACCAAAUAAAUAUAACCAAGGACAACGAAUAACACCCUAUUACAGACCAUUUGGGAAUAACUUUAUUACAGAUGGUAAAGGCACUGCAAUGAGAUUCCCUUAUCACGUAAAUCCAUACUAUAUAAACCCAAGAAACCCUUAUCGUUUAAAUAGAACAAGGAAUUUUCAGUUUACUGCAACUUCCAAACCAAAUCUGCCAUCUAUUGUAGUCCCAGACAAUGUAACACCUAGAACCUGGACAACAACAUUGAUUCCAACAACAACAAGAACUACUACAUCCCCUGUUCCAGCUAUGACCAAAGUUUCAACAACCACAACAACUUUGGCUGUGACAGCUUCUCCUUAUAUUGCACAAACCCGAAUGUCACAGACACUACAUCCAUACUGGUAUUAUUUUAAUAUCAAUCAAAGACCUCGACUUACAUCAAGUAAAGCAGAACCAACACCACAACCUCCUAUAAUUGCCAAAGUCCAAGAAAGCAAACCAAGGAUUAUAACCACUGGCUUCCAGUUUGUAUCACUGCCAUAUGAAAUGGGUGCAAUUUUUCCAUGCGAAACAACUGGUGAGCCAAAGCCCACCACUACUUGGACAAAACUUGCCACAGGUGCAGUUAUGACUUCAAGCACCAGAAUACAAAGAUUUGAAGUCUUGGAUAAUGGAACUUUGCAUAUCCAGAAUCUUCAGCUGCAGGACCGUGGACAGUAUAUGUGUACUGCACAGAACAAGCAUGGCAUUGACAAGAUGACUGUUACUUUAGCUGUCAUUGCCAAUCAACCUAAAAUGUUAUCCUCUCGAUACAGGGAUAUUUUAAUUUAUCUUGGAGAUACGAUCAUAUUGGACUGUAAUGCCACUGGAAUACCAACUCCUCACAUUUCUUGGAUAUUGCCUGAUCGGAGAAUAGUACGAACAGUUUCUACAACAGAGUCUCAUAUUAUGCUUUUACCUAAUGGAAGUUUGUCUAUUAAAGAGGUUACUUUCCCAGACCGAGGAAGCUACAAAUGUGUUGCAAGCAAUGUGGCUGGAGCCGACAGUUUGACUGUUAAACUUCAAGUAUCACCUUUGCCCCCAAUAAUUCAACAGGAAAAGGUGGAAAAUAUUUCUCUGCCUCAGAGUCACAGCAUAUUUAUCCAUUGCUCAGCGAAAGGUGCUCCUCCACCCACUAUUCGAUGGGUGCUUUCAGAUGGAACCCAGGUUAGACCAUCCCAGUUUGCAAAUGGAAAUGUAUUUGUUUUUCCCAAUGGAACACUCUACAUAAGAAACAGCUCACCAAGAGACAUUGGGAAAUAUGAGUGCAUAGCUGCAAAUGUUGUGGGUGCAGGCAGGAGAAUAGUACAUUUAGAUGUAAAGAAAUAUCCAUUAAAUGCUAAAAUUACGGCAAGCUCUCCCCAGAAAACGGAUGUGUCUUAUGGUGGAACCCUACGCUUAGAGUGCAGUGCAGCAGGAGAUCCUUGGCCAAGAAUAAUGUGGAGACUUCCAUCUAAACGUCUGGUUGAUUCUUUUUUCAGUUUUGACUCCAGAAUCAAAACUUUUGCAAAUGGAACUCUCAUCAUCUACUCUGUUACUGAAAAAGAUGCUGGAGAUUAUUUGUGCAUGGCAAGGAACAAGCUUGGAGAUGACUAUAUGGUGCUUAAAGUAAAUGUCAUGAUGAAGCCUGCCAAGAUCCAGUUUAAAAAUGACAUUGACCACAAAGUCACAUAUGGAGGUGAUCUAAAGGUUGACUGUGUAGCUACAGGAGUUCCAAAUCCUGAAAUUUCAUGGAGUCUCCCAGAUGGAAGUAUGAUUAAUAAUGUUAUGCUAUCCGAUGACAGUGGGACAAGAACAAAAAGAUAUGUUGUAUUUAAUAAUGGGACCUUAUACUUCAAUGAAGUUGGAAUGAAAGAGGAAGGUGACUAUACGUGUUAUGCUGUGAACCAAGUUGGUCAAGAUGAGAUGCGGGUGAGCGUUAAAAUAUUGGCUGAAAAACCAUCAAUCAAGAACAAGACUUAUUCUAUUAUUAACGUGCCUUAUGGUGAUGUUAUCACGGUUUCAUGUGAAGCCAAAGGAGAGCCUGUCCCAAAAAUAACAUGGCUCUCCCCAUCCAGUAAGCCUAUACCUGCAUCAUCAGACAAGUAUCUUAUUUACCAAGAUGGUACUCUUUUAAUACAAAAAGCUCAACGAUCUGAUAGUGGAAACUAUACAUGUUUAGCACAAAAUGAUGGUGGAGAGGACAAGAAAGUGGUUCAAAUUCAGGUAAAUGUCCUCCCUCCCAAAAUUAACGGCUAUUCUGACAAAAUAUUGACAGUUAAAGAAUCUGCAAUGAAAGAUACACGCUUGCUGAUUGACUGCAAAGCUGAAGGAAUUCCGACACCCCGUGUCAUGUGGUCUUUUCCGGAAGGAGUAAUCCUUCCUGCUCCUUACUAUGGAAAUAGAAUUACAGUCCAUCGAAAUGGAACCCUUGACAUUAAAGUUCUUAGGAAAACAGAUUCAGUACAGUUGGUGUGUAUUGCAAGGAAUGAAGGAGGGGAGGCAAAAUUAGUUGCUCAGUUGACUGUCAAUGAACCAGCGGUAAAACCUCAAUUUACCACUGAAAAUGAAAUUGUUGUUGUGUCUGAGGGUCAUGUUGCUAAGCUUAAUUGCUCUGCUGUCGGGAUACCAGAGCCUCAUCUUAAAUGGAUUUUGCCUAAUGGUACUGAGAUCAACAGUGGUAGUCACCUCAACAGACUGUUUCACAAGCAAGAUGGUACAUUACACAUUGGCUCUGUAGCACUUGCUGAUGGAGGGACCUACCGCUGCAGAGCUCUUAACAUAGCUGGAUCUGCAGACAGACUGGUCAUUUUGCAGAUUGGACAAAAGCCACAAAUGAGUAGCAACUAUAAUAACCUAGUAAGCAUAAUCAAUGGAGAGACUUUACAACUUCACUGCACUACGCAGGGAGAACCAAGACCUCAUAUUUCUUGGACACUUCCAAAUGGAAUUGUUAUUGAUGGGCCUCAGGUUAAAGGCCGCAUAUCUCUUUUGCAAAAUGGAACCCUUAUAAUAAAAGACACUACCGUCUAUGACAGGGGAAGUUACCAGUGCAAAGCAACUACACAUUAUGGUUCAUCCACAAUGAAUGUUCCUGUCAUUGUUAUAGCAUAUCCUCCUCGUAUAACGACCAGUCCUGCACCGGUUAUCUAUGCAAGACCAGGAAGCUCCAUUCAGCUAAACUGCAUGUCAAUUGGCAUACCAAAAGCUGAGAUAAUGUGGGAGCUUCCGGAUAAAUCUCAGUUAACUGCGGUAGCUCAGUCUCGUCUUUAUGGAAACAAAUUUCUUCAUCCUCAGGGGACUUUAGUUAUUCAACAUUCUUCAAAGAGAGAUGCAGGUUAUUAUAAAUGCACUGCAAAAAAUAUACUAGGCAGUGACACAAAGUCCACCUACAUACAUGUAUAUUAAAAUACAUAAAAUCAACUGUACAGGUAAAAUGCCCGUGACUGCCAUGCAAGUGCAAAGUAUACUGUAUCAUUGUUUGCAAUAGACAACUUCUAAUUAAUCAUAUCUGAUGUCAUAUUAAACUCUACAUUCAAUAAAUCAUACUAUCUUUUCAAACAAGACGUAUAAACUAACCAAAGCAAAGAUGUAAAUGUAUGAUAGAAUUAAUGGUUAUAGUUUUAAUACAACAUUUUUUUUCCUCUUCUAGCAUUUCAUGAGUGCUGAUUUUCUGUUCACAGCUCUGAGAUCAGAUCUUGUUAAUGUGCGUGGAUUGGUCUUCAUCAAAUUAAAUUUCAAACCUACUGUAUAUGCCAUUGUAAUAGCAUUUGAAUAAACAUGUGUCCUACUUUGGGGCUUUAUCCCAACGUAAAACAAACUGAAAAGUGGGUGCACAAUCCUUGGUUCAAACAGCGUUCAUUAACAAAAAUGAAUUGAAAAUACUUGCUAGCUAUCAUCAUUUGCUUGCAUUGUAUCUACUGUAUAGGGGAUGAAAUAUCUCCUUUAUAAAGCAUUUCUUUACCAAAAGUUUUUUUCUACUUUUAAAGAUUACCUCCACGUUAAAAGACGAAAAGAGGAUUUGUGGAGGGGUAUUGUAGCGUUUAACACCUAAUUUGUGAAUACCCAAUUUGCUGCCUGUAACUCAAAAUGCCAUCUGCUUCUGGGACUUUUGACUGGACCCCCUACCUACCAAGGUAUUGGAAAGGUUGUAGGGAUGUCCUAUUGGAAGAUGUGAAUUCAAACAGUUUUUAUGACACACAAACAGCAGAUUUGGGAUCAGAAGCAAAGGGGUGGGUGUAUUUUACAUAUUGGGCUCAACCCCCCAUACACAAAUAAUCUCUUGAUUAUUUCUAUUUUAAACUAGAGCUGCCUUGUAUGCCUUGUACACAUGGUCGGACUUUUGACCAUGUAAAAGUCCGCUAUGAGUCAGUCGGAAGUCCGACGGAAAGAUAGAGAACAUGUUCUCUAUCUAAGGUUCGUCGGACUUCCGACAAAAAAGUCAGAU